GCAGGACCCCCCAUACAGAUUAUUUAUCAGAUCCUUCUUAAAUCCUGUACAGUGUGAGCAGAGCAGGAUGAUGAUGAUGAACCAGACGGAGGUGAAGUAUAAUAACGGGUACAUGCAGGAUGAGUACAUGCUGCCGGAGGACGAGUGGGACCGGGACUUGCUCCUGGACCCUGCGUGGGAGAAACAACAACGUAAGACGUUCACCGCGUGGUGUAACUCUCACCUGCGUAAAGCCGGGACUCAGAUCGACAACAUAGAGGAGGAUUUCCGAAACGGACUCAAGCUGAUGCUCCUCCUGGAGGUCAUCUCUGGUGAACGGCUACCAAAACCCGACAGAGGAAAGAUGAGAUUCCACAAGAUAGCCAACGUAAAUAAAGCGCUGGAGUACAUCACCAGUAAAGGAGUCAAACUGGUAUCCAUCGGAGCAGAAGAGAUCGUCGAUGGCAACGUAAAGAUGACUCUGGGAAUGAUCUGGACCAUCAUCCUUCGCUUCGCCAUCCAGGACAUCUCAGUGGAAGAAACCUCGGCUAAAGAAGGUCUGCUGCUGUGGUGCCAGAGAAAGUCGGCUCCGUACCGAAACGUCAACGUCCAAAACUUCCACUGCAGCUGGAAGGACGGCCUGGCCUUCUGCGCCCUCAUACACAGACACAGACCCGACCUGAUCGACUACUCCAAACUCAAGAAGGAUGAUCCUCUGGGAAACCUCAACCUGGCUUUGGAAAUCGCAGAGAAGCACCUGGACAUCCCCAAAAUGUUGGAUCCAGAAGACAUCAUCAACACCCCCAAACCUGACGAUAGAGCCAUCAUGACCUACGUGUCCUGCUUCUACCAUGCGUUCGCUGGAGCCGAGCAGGCUGAAACUGCUGCUAACAGAAUCUGUAAAGUUCUGGGUGUCAACCAGGACAACGAGAAGCUCAUGGAAGACUACGAGAAACUGGCCAGCGAGCUGCUGGAAUGGAUCCAAACUACCACCCCAUGGCUGGAGAACCGUUCCACCGAGACCAGCCUCCAGGCCACCAGGAAGAAACUGGAGGAUUUCCGGGACUAUCGGCGCGUCCACAAGCCACCCAAAGUGCAGGAGAAGUGCCAGCUGGAGAUUAACUUCAACACCCUGCAGACCAAACUGCGCAUCAGCAACAGACCCGCGUUCAUGCCCUCCGAGGGGAAGCUGGUGUCGGACAUUGCAAGUGCAUGGCAGGGUCUCGGGCAGGCGGAAAAGGGUUAUGAGGAAUGGCUGCUGACUGAACUCCUCCGUCUGGAGCGUGUUGAACAUCUUGCUGAUAAAUUUAAGCAGAAGGCCUCCACCCACCAGGCCUGGGCGAAAGAUAAGGACAGAGUCCUGUCCCUGAAGGACUAUGAGACAGCCUCUCUGUUUGAGGUUCGAGCACUGCUCAGGAAGCACGAGGCGUUCGAGAGCGACCUUGCUGCACAUCAGGACCGAGUGGAGCAAAUCGCCGCCAUCGCUCAGGAACUGAAUGAGCUGGAUUACCAUGAAGCGGUGAGCAUUAAUGAGCACUGUCAGAAGAUCUGUGAUCAGUGGGACCAGCUGGGAACUCUGACUCAGAAACGCAGAGAGGCGCUGGAGAGAACAGAGAAGCUGCUGGAGACAAUCGACCAGCUCUUCCUGGAGUUCGCAAAGAGAUGCGCACCCUUCAAUAACUGGAUGGAGGGAGCCAUGGAGGACCUACAGGACAUGUUUAUAGUGCACAGCGUGGAGGAGAUCGAGAGUCUGAUCUCAGGCCACGACCAGUUUAAAGCAACACUACCCGAGGCUGACGCGGAGAGGCAGGCCAUCCUCAGCAUCUUCAACGAGGUGCAGAAAAUCACCCAGAGCUACAGCAUCACCGCCAACUUUACCAACAUGUACUGCACCAUCACGCCACCUGAGAUCAGCUUCAAGUGGGAGAAGGUGAAAAAGCUGGUUGCUCAGAGAUCUAGCGCACUACAGGAGGAGUUUUCCAGGCAGCAGGUGAACGAACGUCUCAGGAGGCAGUUUGCAGCUCAGGCCAACUUGAUCGGACCCUGGAUACAAACACGCAUGGAGGAGCUCGCUCGCUGCACGGCCGAUGCAGGCGGUUCUCUGGAGGAUCAAAUGAAUCAGCUGAAGCAGUACGAGACCUUGAUCAUCAACUACAAGCCCAACAUCGACAAGCUGGAGGCAGAUCACCAGUUCAUCCAGGAGUCGCUCAUAUUCGAUAAUAAACACACCCAGUACUCCAUGGAGCAUGUCCGUGUUGGAUGGGAGCACCUCCUGACCACUGUAGCUCGCACCAUUAACGAGAUCGAGACCCAGAUCCUGACCCGUGACUCCAAAGGCAUCAGCCAGAAGCAGCUCAGCGACUUCCAGUCCUCUUUUAACCACUUUAAUAAGAAGAAGAAAGGAGGUAUGGAUACUGAUGAAUUUCGAGCGUGUCUCAUCUCCAUGGGUUACGCUCUGGGUGAGGCCGAGUUUGAACGGAUCAUGUCGAUGGUUGAUCCGAAUGGAAAAGGGACUGUGACCCUGCAGGCCUUCGUGGACUUUAUGACCCGAGAAACCACCGAGACUGACACUGCUGAACAAGUUGCUGCCUCCUUCAGAAUCCUGGCGGGUGAUAAGCCUUACAUCCUGAUAGAAGAGCUGAGACGUGAGCUGCCUCCUGAGCAGUCCGACUACUGCAUUAUGAGGAUGCCUCUGUACCACGGGCCCGACUCAGUUUCGGGGGCCCUGGACUACUGUGCUUUUGCUUCAGCUCUCUAUGGGGAAAGUGAUGUCUAAACACACAAACACACAUGAUUUAUAGCCUGGAAACUAUUAGAAAUUUAAGCUUUUGCAUUUUCUGUGCUCCAGUAUUGUUUUUAUCAUGUCCUCAUUGAUCUCUCUUGAUUAAGACGUUCGUUUAAACUAGACAAAUGAUAAAUGAUAACUAGAUAAAUGAUUUUCUCUUUGUGUAAUAUAGUUUCAGGUUGCAUUUCUUGAUGCAGUGGUGGACGGUGUUAAGUCACAAUGGUUUUCUGAAGUACUGCUAAACAAAUUCUAAAUGGAGUUAAAAAGAGAAUUGAACCAUUUUAUUUAAGUUGUCUUGUUUUUAAAUGGCUCACAUCGUUCACACAUGCAGUUUUUUACACUGUAUGAUGUAUUGAUGAUCAAAUAAAGCCUACA